AUGAAUGCUGUCAUCAUUCUCGUCAUACUUACGACACUUGCUCAAGCAGGUCUUAUACCAACCUUGCCACCAAUCUUAGGUCGUGAUGAGUUUCAGAACAGCGCAUUGCAUGUUUCCGCAGGCCGGAAUGCAAUGUUGGUAAGCGACAAGCCUACGCAAGACUACAACACGGUUCAGUAUCGUGCCUACAUUGCAUUUCUGGUGCUUGGCAUCGUACUGGCUGUGUUGUUCCUACCCGUCGUUCUGAGCCGCAGCAUCGUUGGUUGGUAUUGCAAGGAGCAGGAAAAGAAGAAGGUCCAGCAGCGGAACGUCGAUAUGGAAACGGCGACCGCACAGAUGCGUGCUAUGACACAGCCGGAAGUUGUGCACUUGCGUCCUGAGCGAGCGGGUUAA